AUGCAUACCUCGCGGAUACUACAGUCGACAGUGUCGAUCCUGAUAUUACUGAGUCGAAGUCAACUUGCCCAUGCGACUCCAUUGGGCGUCGAGGGCACAGGUCUAGAGAAGCGCUGCGACAACCCCUGCGGUUACUACAGUCAACUUUGCUGCGCAUCGGACGAAACAUGCAUCACGAAUGAUAACAAUCAGGCUGUCUGCCAAUCCGGAGGCAGUAGUGAGUCGGGCAGCGGAAGUGGUUCAUGGGAAUACUAUAGCAGCACCUAUGUCGUGACCGAAACCGACGUCCAAACGCUCACCUCCGUCUGGAGCAGCUGGGUGGCGAGCCCAACGAGUGACAGCUGCCAGGCCGACCUCGGCGAAACUCAGUGCGGCAGCGACUGUUGCGGCGCUGCCUAUGUUUGCAAAAACGACAAGUGUGUUCUGGCCGCUACGACCUCAAUCUGGGCGACCGAGACUGGCGCCAAUCCUCCGGUUCGGCCAACGGACUCGAGCACUGUCACAGAAACCGCGACAGCCACCCAAGGGUUCGACGCGCCCGUAACUACCGACGGAUCGCCGGCAUAUGGUGUUGACGCUCCGGACGAUGAUGGCGGCCUAAGCGGCGGCGCAAUUGCGGGUAUCGUGAUUGGAACACUCGCUGGUGUAUUCUUGCUCUUCCUUCUCUGCCUCUGCCUGUGCGCUCGCGGGAUCCUGAACAGCAUUCUCGCCUGCUUGGGCAUUGGAAAGCGAAGAAGGACAGAAGAGACGUAUGUGGAAGGUCACCACUCGCAUCAUACGCAUAGGCCGGGUCGUACCUGGUUCGGCACCCGACCAUCAGGACCUGCGCCCGAGGGCGAAAAGAAGUCGUGGUUCAGCAGUCUGGCAACCAUCGGAAUUAUCAUCGGUGCGAUCACACUCUGCCUCGGCUUGAGAAGGAAGAAGGAUCAGGACGAAAAGAGCGACUACACUUACCCAAGUUACUAUAGCUAUUACACCAGCACAACAAGCGAAAGCUCAGACCGACGGACUAGACGAAGCAGGCGAUCAGGCCGAUCCAGGUCUCGAGCGCAUUCAUAA